AUAAAGUAAAUAACUAAUAAAAUGAAAAAAAUAAAGUUUUCCUUAAGCAGCUAGAGUCAGUUGUUUAAUAAUUUGAAUUAAGAUUUAAAAUUGGAGGUAGAAUAAUUCCUACCGCCUGGUACCGACAAAAUGCCACUCUUAAUUUUUUUUAAAGGUGGUGUUUCAAUUUUAAACUCGUUCAUAGUGGGUGGCAGGUCUGAAAAUGGAAAGUGAAACAAUUGAGAUGGUCGUAGAACAUCCAUAUCCAGUUCUGUACGUUCCAAAAUGGUGUGUGACAUUCGAACACGACUUUGGUCCCAAUAAAAAUUUAUUUCUUGAUGUCGACAUUCUUUCCAAUAACACAGAUCAGCAACGGACAACUGUGUAUAAGGGCUACAUUGCCCUUAAAGUCAUUGAUACUAAAGCCCCGGCUAAUCCAAUCAUUUUGCAAAAUGACGCAUUUUUAGAAGCUGAUCUAUCCUUUAAUAUUAAUGAUAGAGCAUGGUUAAACCUUAGCCCAUGUGAAUACCAGUCUGAAGGUGUCGAAUGUGGCGAAGGUUGUUCACUGUACCAAGAACCACAGUUUUCUUAUAUAACUGCUGAGCAUCUACAAAUUCCACCCAUAACCUACCAAGAAGAAGAAAUUGAAAUCUCUGAAGCUGCAGAGCCUGUAUUUCUGCACAAGAAAUUUAGGAAAUCCACAAGUCGUGAGCGAGAAGACAGCCAACAAAAUGACAAUUUUAAUAGUCAAAGCUCUGAACAAAUUUUUGAAAACUCUGGUGAAAACCAAAACACUUAUUAUACUUCAGAAGAAUUAAAUUAUGAAAAUGAAAUUCAUGGAAAUAAUAGUGGAAUAGAUAAAUGCAGAGAGGCAGACAAUGCUUGUUCUCUUACAGAAAGUAUUGCAAUUGUGGAAAACUGUGCAUUAAAGCAAUUAAUGUCUGACUUUGCAUCGCCAAAACAAAAUAAAGUUAUUGUGUUUGCUGGAGACAAUUCUAAGAAUGGCCAGACAAUUUACCAAAUUAAGGAUUCUUCUCUGCAAUGUGGUGGGAAAAAAAUAAUAGAAGAUUCUGUUAAAUUUACUAAUGUUGGUAAAAAGAAGAUAUAUCAAUGCCAAAAUUGUAAGAGGACAUUUGAUAAGUUAAAAGCAUUUCGACAGCAUGCCAGUAUCCACAAGAAACAAUCCCGGGUUAAUUUGAAACACUGUGAAACUUGCAAGAGAACUUUCAAAUCUUUGGAGAAGUAUAAGGAACAUGCUUUAGGGCACAACGACCCCGACUUGGAAUGUCCAAAAUGCUAUAAAGUCCUUCGCACUAAAUACACGCUCCGCGUGCAUAUGUCGAUACACAAUAGGCAACUGCCCUGCCCAAAGUGUACUCUAACAUACAACGACCAAGCGUCGCUUGAUCGACACAUUUCACGAAUGCACAGUCCAAAAUUUUCCUGCUCACACUGCGGACAAGGUUUUAAAACCUUGGACGCACUAGAAAAGCAUAAAGUAAAGACCCACAGCAUGGUCUUCUGCAACAUCUGCAACGCGGAAUUCAACACAGAGAAAGAAUAUUUGAAACAUCUAGACGAGCACAUAAUAGACAACUUCAAUUCCGACGACGGCCUUUCUAUAAAGAGUGUGGAUAACAUCUUGAACGAUGUCAAUUUAGACUUGUUCGAAGAUAGCACUAUUCGUGGGAGUGAUCCCGUCAUACAGAAGAUUGCUGACGAUCGGUUCUUUUCUAUGAAUCCACAGCUAUCUCAUAAGAAGCGAAUGUCCCGGAUUUGCAUUGUGUGCAAGAAAAAGUUCGACAGGAUAAGCGACAUGAAGCGCCACCUCAUAGAACACGUCAUCAAGAGGAGCCUCGCGAAGAACCCGAUCAACGAAGACGGGACCCUCAGCAUAGUGUGUGACAUCUGCCGCGUCGCCACUUUCUCCCGAGUCGACACCUACAAGGCCCACCUGCGGGAGCACGCCAAGCUGACGAUCUACAAGUGCCUCCUGUGCGACAAGUCCUUCAGCGACUCGAGCAACUUCUCCAAACACAAGAAGCUCCACGGCCAAUCUCGCUUCGAGUGCGACCUGUGUAAGAGGAAGUUCAAUUCCAAAAAAACCAUCUCCAUACAUAUGGAGUUGCAUUUCAAAACGGCCCCUUUGUCCUGCUCGCGCUGCAACAAAAAGUUCCAUUUCCCCUCGACGCUCAAUAAGCAUCUUAAAAACCAGCACAAGCGAAAUUAUCACGUGAACUGCAGGUUCUGUGAGGCGACAUUCAAGUCCUGGAAGGACAAGUGGGAUCACGAAUGGCAUGCCCACAACGCCAGGAACACCAUCUUGGACUGUUUGGUGUGCGAUAAGAAGUUCAGGAAGUACACCGAGUUGAAGCGACACUGCAGCGAUACGCAUCACGUGAUGAUCCCCUUGGCGAAAAAUUUGUAAACAUUUUUGGGGUUUAAAGAACACCAACUCUAGUAGUUAGUACAUGUAGUAGUUUGUUUUUUAUAUUAAGAUAUCAGGUUCUAUUUUUUGAUAAAAGUAUAAGGUUUCUGAAAUCAGGCACUAUUUUUAUCGUUAUAAGUUAUUAGAUAAGAUUUCUUGGCAUUGUUAACGUCGUGUCGGUGUCUCAUUCGACUACGGUGUGAAAUUCAUCGAAAUCGGUCCAGCAAUGAGCAGUUAAAUCAUAUAUUAACUAUUGAUUAAAUUAUUGUUAAGUUUUUGUAAGAGUUUAUUAUGUUAAAUUAGGUUUUAAGUAUUUUUCGGGUUUUUUGUUUUUCAUAAGUAUAAAUGAUAUACCUUACAGGCUCAUCCUAUUUAUAGUUCCUAAAUAACAAUAGGUAUAUAUUUGUUAUAUAUUUUUCAGAGUAUAUCGAAUGUUUUUUAACUAAAUCUAGUUACGUAUUUUUACAAUAACUAUGUAAUAAGUGUAAGAAGAAGAUAAGUGAUUAGCUUUUCUUUACUGCUAUCAUUGUACGAUUAUUUUUUGAUACUAUCUCGUACGUUGAUAAGUAAUUCAAAAACGUAUUAUAAGCCUCAAAUAGCUUUUUAAUGAUUUGCUAUUAUCGAAAACUACUGUUUUCUUACUUGGAAAUUGAAAUACUAUAUUUGAAAUUUAUAAUAGUAUAGUAAUAGUAACACACAAACCAGUAAAAGCUAUUCCGUGAAAACGACACUUUUGUAAGUAAAUUUACAUCGUGUAGUAGCAAGUACUGUUUUUUACAUAGUAGGAGGAAAUAUUUGUAUUUGUCGCCAGUGGUAGGUAGAUGGCGCUAAAUGCUAAGAAAAACGUGACUUAUAUUUUAACGGAUCUGUUUUGAAAAUUUAAUCAUAUUACAUUUAUUGCCAAAGGCACUUAUGUGCAAUCUAGAUAAGUUUUUUAAAUGUUUUUAUAUGACCGUUCAUGUGGUAAGUCAUCAAAAACUUAUUUGGUCUCAUUAAUAUCGAUCUCGAUUUAUAGAAUUGAUUAUUUAAUCAUUAUUGUUGUUAAGUAAGGUACCUUUUUUUAAACUGUUUUUAAAAUUCUUAAACAGUAAACAGGUUAUUAAUGUGUGGUCUUCGACGUUAACCAUUGACUUGAACAAAAUUUUUACGAUUUCAUAGAUAGAUAGAUAGAUUUCAUAGAUUUCUUGAUAUAUGUGAUUUUUUUAAAAGGUAUCUUAUAUAAAAAAAGGUCCUUUAUACUUUACUGGUAUUAACAAUUUAGUUUAUGAAGAUAAGUAAAAUAUUUUUUACUAUCCUAGUGAUUUUCACAUGAUACUCAAAGUGCCACCGACUCAUGACAUUUUUGUAAACAAAUUAAGCUUAUUUUAUUAGUUACAUUUCAUAUUAUAGCUUUUAAUGUUUGAUAUAUUUUUCUAUAUAUCUAUUUAGAUAAAUCAGUUGGUAAGUGAGUUUGUGGCACUUAAGAAGUGUUUUUUUAAUCAUUAUAUAUACAUUGUUUUCUUAUGC